GCCGUCGAGUGGUACUUCAGUACCGUGCGGAGGAAGGUCUUCAAGCCCAACUUCAUGUCGUUCUAUCAGUAUCAGAGGGCAGCAUUAUUGGAGCUCAUCAAGAAGCACAAUGUUGACUCGAGAUACAAAGGACAUAAGAAUGUUUUCAACACGACCCGCAACUACAACUCAAAUCAAGAUCUGUCCUUCUGUCAAGCGUUGCUCACCGCGCUUACUCCAAAGUUCACGAGAGGUCACCAAUCCAAGUUGGACAGCCGCUCUAACGCCGCCGACACUGGAGACAAGGGUGUAGGGGCACCCGCGGGUAACAAGAAUGCUGUUCAACCGAACACAGGGAACGCUGGUAGUGCUUCCACAACCACACAGGACCAGCACUCUGUCCAAGAGCCAUCAACCCAAGGUCCAUCAAACAAGAAGCUAGAUACCUCAAGCCUCAAGUUGUUUGCCAAGGCAUAUCCAUGUAUGAGAAGGAGGCUCACCUACAGGCAAUCAACAUGCAACUUGGACCCUACUCAGAGCAAGACGACCCGAGGACAUCCUUGCCCUGAUGAGUCGUGUUCAAAGAUAUACAUCUAUGUCAACAGAUUCAAGAAGCAUCUAGUAGAGAGUCAUUCAUGGAGUUACGCCGAUGCAGACACACUCAUUGACACAUGUGCCUACAAAGAACGAUCACAGCUUGAAAAGGUGAAAGUUCAAGACCCUUCCCAGAUAGACCAUGAAGACCUUUGCACCGAGCUCCAUGUCACCCAGAGCGAUCAAGUGCAGCUUCAAGAAUCGGCCACUGCACCAUCUGACCCAUCUAUCGUUGUGAGAUUGCAGCUGUUU